GUCCCGCGUCUUUACACAAGUACGUCGUUCAUUCCCGCUGGUCUUGUCUACUCAUGAAACUAGAGCUAUUUUAAACAGUUCAGUCUCGUGCUUUCCUGCUGCAGGUCAGUCAUGGUGCGCAAAGGGCGAAAACGUGCACAGCAAGCCCCACCCUCUCACUAUCACCCUCACCCACAUUAUCCACAUCACCCCCAACCACCUCACCCACCUCACCCCCAACCACCUCACCCACCUCACCCAUAUGCAGCGUUCAACUACCCAUAUCCACUUCACCCUGUACAGCAUCCAUACCCAUACCCUUACCCUGUGAUCCCCCCUUACCCUGUUAACCACCCCUAUCCUAUGAACCCCCCUUACCCUGAAGGUCAACCUUACCCUGAAGAGCACCCUUACCCUGAAGAGCACCCUUACCCUGAAGAGCACCCUUACCCUGAAGACCAACUUAACCCUGAGGAAACGUACUCUCAUCAGCCCCUGCCCGUUGAUGAUGGUGCUAAGGAGUGUGCUAAUUUCGCUGCAGCUUUACCAGUGGAGGAGAAAGCACAUGAAGAAGAGGAACCAGCGGUUCCUGGACCAAUUGCUAAAAGCAUCGGACCAUUAUCUAAUUCCAAAGCUUCAGAAGAUACAAGCGAAGCGGGUCCUGCAACUGCUGGUGUUCACAGCGAAGAAGUUGCAGAAGGUGCAAGGAAAAAGAAAGAUAAAAAAAAAAGAAAGAAGAGCAAGAGGAAUAAGAAAAAGAGCAAGCGUAAGAAGAGCAAAAAAAGCAGCAAAAAGAGGAGGAAGAGGGCAGCUUCAACAUCAAGCUCAUCCUCAUCAGGCAGCUCCAGCACCAGCACCGGCAGCAGUGGUAGCAGCACCAGCACCUCCUCUUCUGCCAGCAAUAACGACAGUGGCUCUAGUAGUGAUGCACCAAGCGACUUCGAGCUAGUUGGCUGGGUUAGUACUCUUUAG